AAGACUUUUAUGUAUAUGUAUAUAUUUAUGACAAACAAAUAUGGAUUUAUUUAUUUCUGUUGUGUUAGUUUGGUCAAUUCUAAGUUGCUUACAUGUAUGCGUUGAAGGUUGUGUCGAAAAAGCCGAUAUCGUUUUUCUCAUAGAUGCGUCGGGUAGUGUUCGGCCCGCUAAUUUCAAAAAGGAACUCGAAUUUGCAUCGGAAAUGGUUGGAAACCUGACGAUAGGCUCUGAUUAUGUCCAUAUAGGGGUAGUAACUUUCGAUUCCCAGGCUUAUCUACGCCUAAAGAUAGGACAAUAUAACGAGACGGCAACAAUUCAGGAUGCUAUUAUGAAAAUUCCAUAUACAAGUCAAGGAACUAGUACAGAUGUAGCACUGCAAUUUGUUUUUACCAAAGUUUUUGUCCCACAAGCUGGUGACCGACCUAAUGCUAAAGAUGUCCUUGUUGUCUUGACGGAUGGAGUUUCCAGAAAUCCAGCAAAUACUGCAAAACAGGCCUAUUUCUUUAAAGAGAAACAUAUCCAAGUUAUUAGUGUGGGUAUUGGAGGAAAUACAAACAAAGAUGAGUUAACAGACAUGGCUUCUAUUCCUGAAUACGUUUUUAAUGUCCACGAUUUCUCAAAACUUGCGACACUACAAGCAACUAUUAAGGCUUUAGCAUGCAAUACUGAUGCAUCACCAGGGGGUAGCACAUGUUUGAUACCUUUAGUGUUAGGGCCUAAUCUUGCUACUGAUCAUAAUUUGGUCAGAUCAAUUGUCAUAACAAUAACAAUGAAGUUACUCAUUGUUGCUUUCCUUUUUUUCGUAGUUAAAACGCUACUUGUAGUUCAAGCUAUAGGAUGUGUAGAAAAAGCAGACAUUGUUUUUCUCGUUGAUGCAUCUGGUAGCGUGGGCGCAACAAACUUCAAGAAAGAACUAGAGUUCGUUUCAACGAUAUUGUCCAACUUUACCAUAGAUCCAGACCACGUACAAGUAGGCGUUGUAACGUUCGACAGCACAACGUAUCUACGAAUAAAACUAAACCAGUAUAAUAAUACACAAUCUAUACGAAACGCCGUGAAAGGAAUACCAUACACUGGUCAGCUGACAAAUACUGAUAUAGCCCUUCAGUUCAUACUCAGUAAAGUUUUUGUUCCAAGUGCCGGAGAUCGAUCAGAUGCGAAAGAUGUAUUGGUUAUUUUGACAGAUGGUGUGUCAGGAAAUCCAUUAAAUACCGCAAAACAGGCAUACAUUUAUAAAGAAAAACAUAUUCAAGUUAUAAGCGUUGGCAUUGGGAGAGGCGCUAACAAAGAGGAACUCACAAACAUGGCAUCCGUUCCAGGAUAUGUUUUUCAAGUCACAGAUUUUAGCAAACUUCUAGGCAUACAAAAAACCAUCCAUGCAUUGUCCUGCAAUAAUGACGUUAUCACAACACCUUCACUGCAGUGGAUGUUUGGAUGAAUAAAUCAUUAAGACGGCAGCAGUAAAUGGUAAAGACUACUGUAACGUUUUUAAUGAUUUAAAUUAAAUAGAAAAAAAACUUAAAGUGUUGUUAUAAAACCUGAUCAAAAGAAUUGAGCAAUACCUUUGCUGCAUGUAUUCAGACAAAAUA